CAAUACAGCCUCUUAAAACCCGGUCACAUCUGGUCUUCCUGCGCCGCUCACGCGUUACCGUGCGGAGUUGAAGAAGGAGAAGAAUACGAAGCAGAGAAGCAGGAGAUUACCGGUUCGUUCGAAGCAACUGGUCAUGGUGGAAGAAAAGCAGCAUGCGGGAGGAGGAAGAAGAGAGAAGAGAACCGAUCGGCUGGGUCGCCCCUCUCCCAAUCCUCCUCGUCUCUCCCCCUGUAAGCGCAACCCUGCCACGUCCUCCUGCUCCUCCUCCUCCUCCUCUUCCUCCUCCUCUUUUCACCACCUGCUUAAGAAGACCCGGUACGCCCCCGACCUCUUCCUCUGCCAUAGCUGUGGUCUCCGUUUCCCUUCCAACAACAACAACAACAACCCCCUCGACCAUCUCCGAUCCCAGUGGCGCGUCGCCCUCCUCUGCCGCACCUGCCUCGCCCGCGUCAAAUCAGCUGACAUCUGCUCCUAUUGCUUCUCCCCCUUCUCCCCCAUCGCUGACGCCGAACGUUCCCUCACUUGCCUCAGUUGCUCCUGCCGCGUCCAUCUCGGAUGCGUCGACCGCGAGCACCGCUGCCUCGAUCCUUGUCGCCUGGAGCCGGGCUCCUUCACCUGCGUCGAUUGCUGUGUGAUCCCUAAAUUUUGGGGCAGGAAACCUGGAAUUGGUUCUAGGGUUUCGCUCGAGGUGGUGGUGAGGGAAGCCAGUUCUGUGGCAGAGAAGAAGAUCGAGGCAGCUGCCAGGGCCAUGGAAAAUGCUCUGAAGAAGGCUGAUGCUGCAAAACGUGCCGCUGAACGGGCUAGGAAUGCGUUAGGUGCUGUUCUUGCAGCCAAGGGGGAUAUUUCAGAGCAGAAUGCUGAUCUGGCUGCAGUUACCGAUCAAGAACUGGCUCUCCAGCUACAUCUGGCUAUGAAUGGGUCUAGGAGGAUCUCAAGGAGUUCUUCUUGCUCUUUAAGUUCAGGUGCUGUUGGUUCAAUUGACGUAAAGAAAAUGUGUGGCCGAGGUGGUGAUCAGAUGAGCAGGAAUGUUGAUUCCGGUGAUCACGGAAUUUGCAAAGCAGCUGAGAUUUGUGCUGAAGAUAAUUCCUUUCUUGAUGUGGCAGUGAGAACUGUGUUUGGUCAGGGUUCAGAUGUUGAUUCAGAAUCCAACAGGAAUCAGCAGAAGAAGCUAAUUGAUGAUAAUGGCAGAGAUGGUCAUACUGUUAUGCCACCAAAGGAGGAUCAGGGCAACUCUUCUGAUAGAAUUGUUAGUUCUGAUGCAGAUUUUUGUAGCACCGACUCUGUAUCGUUGGAUUAUGAGAAGAAAAAAGUAUCUGAUGUUGUAUUGUUUCCAUCUACAUGUCUAAGAUAUGUCAUAGAAGGAUCUGAAGUGCAAGAAAAUAAUAGUAUUACAACACCAGAUAGAUAUCUUGUGAAAUAUACUGCAAGGAGGUCGAGACCAAAGGGAUUGGCUUCCAUGACUGUCAUGCAUUCUUCUUCCUCCACGUGUUUUGGGUGCAAUCAUGAAAACAGUUGCCAGAGAAUCUAAUGGUGUCGAAGGAGUUCCUUAUGAGAACACAGAAAGACCUUGAUCAUUGAGGAUGAGGUUUUCUAUGUGGAUUUGCAAGAAUUUCCAGGUCAAAAUCAAGAAAAAUAAAUCUACCAUAUUUUCAUCUUCAAUGUGGAUUCUGAUAUAUGAACAGUACACCUAGUCCAUUAGGUGUUCUCAUCCCACCAAAUUAUUGUUUGUAUCCUCAGAGUUUACCCUAAUUCUGUAUGUACAUCUCUAGAUGUUCUUAAUUAGAAUAAAAUUCUAGUAGUCUGCACUGCAGGAGAUUCGUCCA